AUGAGAUUGUUAACAGUUCUAGUUUUCCUAGCGACCACAGGUUACAUCCUAAAGCAAUUGUUCACUACAUGGUUACCAAAGCAUUUUAUCUUCGAUCCAGUCACUUUGAAUCAAAUUUGUAACUCAGUCCUAGUCAAACAUGAUCCAUCAUCUGAACAUUUCCAUACAGAAGCCCUACUAAGAGAUGUCAGGGACGCCUUAGCUGCCCAUUACGGUGAAGAAUAUAUUAACAAAUAUUCUAACGAAGAAUGGGUCUUCAACAAUGCAGGUGGUGCCAUGGGUCAAAUGAUCAUUUUACAUGCCUCCAUUUCAGAAUACGUAAUCUUGUUCGGUACAGCAGUCGGUACAGAAGGUCAUAGUGGUGUCCAUUUUGCAAAUGAUUAUUUCACUAUAUUACAUGGUGAACAAAAGGCUGCUUUACCACAUGCUACAAUGCCUGAAAUUUAUACCCCAGGUAUGACUCAUCAUUUACCAAUGGGAUACGCUAAACAAUAUAGUAUGACUAGUGGUUCGUUUGCAUUGGAAUUGGCUCAAGGUUGGAUCCCUUGUAUGUUACCAUUUGGAUUCUUGGAUACUUUCUCAAGUACUUUGGAUUUAUAUACUUUAUGGAGAACUAGUUAUUUGACCGCAAGAGAUAUGAUUAAGAACAUUGUCCAAAAUCAUAAAUUCUAG